UUGGUACAUGGAAGGUCCAUACCGGAAGAAGGUCAAACGUCACUACACUCAAGAUGGCGUCCCCCUUGUGUCAGUGUUAUCAGAUAUGUUUAAGGAAAUAUUCUGCGACGUGCCCCUCCAAUAUCUUGCUGCUGCACAACAGAGCAAAUGUCUUCAGGAUACGGAACUUUCCCUCCAGUUCUUCCCAGGUGCCACAGUCCUCACGUCUUCAGGUGAGAUAUUUGUCGGGGGAGCGGGGCGCGGGAAGAAAGGGUUUCCUCGGCGAAUUCCUGGACAACCUGAAGCAGGAGAUGGGCAAAAACAAGGAAAUGAGAGAAAACAUCAAAAAGUUCCGCGAAGAGGCCAAAAAACUGGAGGAGUCAGACGCUUUGAGGCAAGCGCGCAGGAAAUAUAAAACUAUUGAGUCUGAAACGGUGAGGACCUCAGAGGUUCUGAAGAAGAAGCUGGAGAACCUCUCGGACACAGUAAAGGAGGGCCUGGAGGAGGUCAGUCGCACGGACAUCGGGAAGAAGAUCAAGGAGGGAAUGGAAGAGGCGGCCAAAACGGCCAAGACCUCAGCAGAGUCGGUCUCCAAGAGCGGGGAGAUGUUGGGAAAGACCGGUGCUUUCAAAGCCAUCUCACAGGGUAUGGAGAGCGUGAAGAAAGAGAUCGGCGACCUGGGCCACACCGGCCCCUACCGGCCUCCCGCUAGACUCAGGAAGCGGAGCGAGUUCUCCUCGAAGGGGCCGGCGGAUGAAAACAAGGUCUAUGAAGCCAACGAGGAAGCUACAGGCGUGGUGCUCCACAGGGACUCCAAAUGGUACCAGCAGUGGAAGGACUUCAAAGACAAUAAUAUGGUCUUCAACAGGUUCUUCGAAAUGAAGAUGAAGUACGACGAGAGCGACAACGCCUUCAUUCGAGCAUCGCGGGCCGUCACCGACAAGAUGACCGACCUCAUAGGCGGACUCUUCUCCAAGACCGAGAUGUCCGAGGUGCUGACCGAGAUUUUGAAGGCGGACCCCUCCUUCGACAAAGAUUCUUUCCUCAAGCAGUGCGAGCGUGACAUCAUCCCCAAUAUUUUAGAGGCAAUGAUCCGAGGCGAGCUGGAGGUGCUCAAGGACUGGUGUUAUGAAGCGACGUACAGUCAGCUGGCACACCCCAUCCAGCAAGCCAAGGCCACGGGGCUUCAGUUCCACUCCAAGAUCCUGGAUAUCGACAGCAUUGACCUGGCCAUGGGGAAGAUGAUGGACCAGGGUCCUGUGCUCAUCAUCACCUUCCAGGCUCAGUUAGUGAUGGUCAUACGCAACACCAAAGGAGUAGUGGUGGAGGGUGACCCUGAGAAAGUCCUGAAGAUGAUGUACGUGUGGGCGCUGUGUCGAGACCAAGAGGAACUCAACCCGCACGCCGCCUGGAGACUCCUGGACAUCUCCGCCUCCAGCACCGAACAGAUCCUCUAAGACUCUCUAGUCCGGGGAGGAGGACCUUCUGGACCCUGCAGCAGACGUGCAGGAGGAGGCCUGGAUGUGGGAGGACCAGCCUGACUGACGUCUUCCUCUGCCGCCCACCAGAGGGCGUUAGAGUGCCAAGCUCACUAAGGUGCAGGACACCCUGAUGCCCGUUUAGAGGAAGAGUUCCACAUGAGAAAAGACCUCCAGCACAAUCAAGGACGUCCCAAUAAUAAAGUCUAUAUUUAUUAGGAAUAGUCAACAUAAUCCCUAAUGUCCAUCCUUUUAAAUGUCAUGUUAGGAUCAAAUAUGUCUUUUUACACAACAUUAAAAAAUUGCAACAAAAAAAAAGAAAA